AUGUUGUCUCCGUCCGCUCUUUAUCUCUGGUCCGCGUUCGCGACCUUCGCGACGCCCACAAUCGCCGAAAACCUCGGUAGUCACGCAAGACGAAGUGAUGUCCUACCUGGCUGCGAGGAAGCCUGCGCCCUUCUCUCUGAACAAUACCCAACCCAAAAUCUCCUACGAAACGGCACCGACUUCGCAACGACACGCGCAGCGCUCUGGUCGACGGUCCAAGGCGCGGUGGAACCAGCAUGCUUCUUCCGGCCCCUCACGACGCCGGACGUAUCGGCCGCGAUCACGACGGCGCGUGAGACCCAGUGCAAGUUCGCCGUGAAGGCCGGCGGACACAACUCGUACGUCUCCUCCGUCAUCGAGGGCGGCCUCGUCAUCGACCUGGUCGCCAUGGACGAGGUCACCGUCAGCGAGGACGAGAAGUCCGUCGCGCUCGGGCCGGGGGGCACGUGGGAUCGGGUGUACCCCGUCCUCGAGGCGCGCGGCAAGAUCGUGCCCGGCGGGAGGAUGUUCGGGGUCGGCGUGGGUGGGUUGACUUUGGGAGGGGGCAUAUCAUGGCUAAGCAGCAUAUACGGCUGGACCUGCGACAACGUUUUGGAGUACGAGCUCGUCACGGCCAACGGGGAAGUCAUCAACGUGACUUACGAGUCACAUCCCGACUUGUACUGGGCUCUCCGGGGCGGCGGGAGCAACUACGGCGUCGUGACCAAGUUCACCAUGGCCCUGUACGAUCAAGGCAAGAUAUGGUUCAGCAGGGUGCGCUUCAACUCCACGGCGAGCGCGGUCUUCAACGGCGCGUUCGCGAAAUGGGCGAAGGACCUGGACUCGGGAGACUGGCGCAGCACCGCGUCUCUCGGCUGGAACGCUCACCUCGGCGGACCGCCCACCGGCGUCGCGCUCCUCGCUCACGCAGACCCGCAGAGUACCAACGACACCCACCCGGCCGCGUUCGACGACUUCUUCGACAACUCGCUGGCGACGAGCGUCGCGUCCUCCAACGCGUUCCACAGCGACAUCGCAAAGAGCCUCGUCUUCCCCGCCGGCGUGACGCGGAACUCGAUGUGGACGACCUCGUUCCUGGUCGACGUCGACAUGGUGCAGGAGGCGUACCGGAUCUGGGAGGAGGAGUCGAGGUCCGUCGCGCCGUUUGCCGCGUCUCAGCAGCUGCAGAUCCAGACCAUCUCCGUCCCGCAGAUGGAGAUGAUGAAGCGGCGCGGCGGCAACCCCAGCGGCCUGGCCGGGCAGAAGGAGGCCGUUUGCUUUCUGAAUAUUCUCGUUCAGUGGAGAGAUUCCCUCGACGACGGCGCGGCGUUUGCGGCGCAGAAACGCACCGAGGACAGGAUCAACGCGGCUGCUGCGGAAAGGGGCCUGUACGUGCCGUACAAGUACACGAACUACGCCAGCAUCUUCCAGGACCCGUACGCGGGAUACGGAGAGAGCAACAAGCAGCGGCUCAGGGACGUUGCGGCCAUGUAUGACCCAGAAGGCGUUUUCCAAAAGCUGGAACCGGGCGGGUUCAAGAUCAUGCGGGAUACGCCGCCCGUAGUCCCCGUGUAA